UAAGCUUUGGUGUUUCACCUUUCUUUUUCAACCUCUCUUGCCUACGGUUUUUCGUUCUACCAACUUUACCUUUCUGUUCUCUAUCCCUCUGUUUCUCUGAACGAGUGAAUUUCAACUCUGACCCCUGAAAUUAUCAAGUUCCUUGCGCGUUCAUUGUGGAUCGUAGAGAAGAGUAGAAGCUUAGCACAUAAUCAAACAUUUUGAAGAGAUUGCAAGAAGAGGGUGGCAUAGGUGAGGAAGACAUGGGUGAUGCAACGCUGUGACCAUUAUUUCAGUCUGCAGAAACAACCCAAGUGGGAUCUGAGUUUCGUGUUCUAAAACAAGCUUGCUAAUCCAGCUGCUGCAAUUUACAUCGUGCAUUUUAUAUUCCUCGGUUUGUUUGAAUUCUUUGAAGCCUCCAUGGAAGUUGUUCCCAGUGUGUUAAACAUCAUAGGCUCGUGUUGCUCAUUGCAUGAAGUCGUUAGAACAAAGCAUAAACACUUGAGAACACUCAAAAGGAGUAUUCGGCAGAUGAAUAAUUUGAUGCAAAGGCUGGAUGCUCAUGAAAGGGAUGUUGAACAUGAAAUAAACCAAUUGCGGGCGGAAUCAACAAAUGUGUGUAGUACAUGGCGUGAGCAAGUUGGUCAGGUAAGAAGUGAAGUGCGCAAUCUCAUGGAUGAAAAUGGCCGGCUUAGACAAACUAAAUGGUUCAGUUUUAUUUGUUCAAGAAUCAAGUUAGGGGAACUUGUUGAGGAGAAGAUCCGAGAUAUUCGUGAACUUAUAGAGACUGUUCCAGAUUUAAAGGAUGUUGCUAUUCCUGUAGGCAAAAGAGGUGAUAUUUUGUCUGCAACGCCAAUGAUGGGAUGCGAAACACACAAGCAAAUAUUUAUGAAGAUCCGGGGAUUCUUGUCUGAUGAGAAUGUUAGAAGGAUUGGUAUUUGUGGUUUGGGAGGAGCCGGUAAAACAACUAUUAUGUCAGAAAUUAACAAUCACCUGUUGAAUAAUAGCAAUGAGUUUAACUGCAUUAUUUGGGCGGAAGCAUCAAAGGAUCUAGAGAAGUUGCAACAAGAUAUAGCUGUGAAGUUGGAUUUGACUUUUCAAGAAGCUGAUGAUGAAAUAACAAGAGCCUCAAAAUUGUUAGAAGCUUUUAAUAGGAGGAAGAAAUUUACACUGAUUUUAGAUGAUGUUUGGGAACCAUUCACUAUUGAAAGUGUUGGAAUCCCUGUGCCAACAGUAGAGAAUGGUUGUAAAUUGGUGAUUAUAACUCGAGACGUUAGAGUGUGCAGAGGUAUGGAAACAGACAAAGAUGUGGAAGUGGAAGUUCUUUCAGAAGAAGAAGCAUGGGAUCUCUUCAAGGACAAAGUUGGGGAACAAGUGCUAUCAAAUGCAAAUAUACAAUCAAUUGCCAGGGAGGUGGCAAAAGAAUGUGGUGGUUUGCCUCUAGCUAUUGUUGCAGUUGGACGUGCAUUGAGAAACACAACUAACAUAAGAGAGUGGGAGAAUGCAUUGGCAGAGUUAAGAACUUCAAGUACUGGCAUACACACUAUUGAUGAAGUGGUGUGUUCUCGUUUGAAGUUGAGCUAUUCAAAACUAAAGGAUGAUGCAAGGCGAUCGUGCUUUCUAUAUUGUUCCUUAUACCCAAGAGGUCACCUAAUUGAUGAGAAUGAAUUGAUUAAUUAUUGGGUAUGGGAAGAUUUAUUGGAAGGUCCAAACACGUCUGUGAUGAAACGAAAGGGGCAAAUGAUUAUAGAUGAACUAAUAUCAGGAUGCUUGCUGGAAUCGAAGACUGAAAAUGGGGUGAGAUUUGUUAAAUUGCAUCAUGUGGUAAGAGACAUGGCAAUCACAAUCAUGAGUACAAAGCCUAGAUGCGUUGUGAAUGCUGGCAAGGAACAAGUAAAACCAGCAAUACCUCAAGAAUGGAGAGAGGAUGUGCAAUGGGUAUCGUUGAUGAGAAAUGAUGUGAAAUCUAUAGACUUCAGUCCAACGUGUCCUAGACUCACUUCUUUGCUACUUCAAUACAACUCAUUUGAAGAAAACAUAUCGCACCACUUCUUUGACAACAUGCAUGGGCUAAAAGUUCUUAAUCUCUCCUAUACUGGGAUUCAUGUUUUGCCGGCGUCUCUUUCGAAUUUGGAGAAUCUACAUGCCUUGUUGUUGAGCCACUGUUGGAAUCUUGUUGAAGUUCCAUCCUUAGAAAGGCUCACUAAAUUGAAGUAUUUAGAUUUUUCAUUUUCUAGAAAGUUAAUAGAACUUCCACCGGGGAUGGAACAAUUGACUGAUUUGAGACACUUGGAUUUCUCCUUCACAUCUGUCCAAAACUUACAAGCUGGACUCAUAUCCAAAUUUACUCUUCUGGAGGGCUUGUUGAUGUUGGGUACGCAUAUGAUUGGAGUAUCAUCUGAGAGCGAAGUACGCCCUUUGUUUGCAGUGUCAGUGGAAGAAAUCAUAUCCUGUCGUAAUCUGUCUCUUCUACACAUGCAAUUCCUUGACUUUGAAGAUUAUCGAAAAUUUGCUGAAUUUUUGAAUUAUUCUCAAUUAAAGGAGUCGAAGCUUGUUGUCGGGUUUUCAGUUGUUCCAAAAUUAUCUGAGAAAAAUUGUUUGGCAAUAAGUAGGAGAGGCAAAGGAAGAGAUGUUUCAGAAGCCCAGACUACUGCAUUGAUUCCACGAAAUGUAGAGGAGUUAAUAAUUUCUAAGUUUGAUGGUAUGGAACGCGUUCUUGAAUCCGAGGAGAAUAAUUUGCCCCAGCGACAGCCAAUGAAUCUACUACAUCAUAUUCCAAGGUUGAGGAGCAUGUUGAGAUCAGGUACUCUGAUGAACCUCAAGAGAAUUGAGGUGUCAGUCUGUUGUUCGUUGAAAUGUCUGUUCCCGAGGCAGCUCGUGGACGAGCUUAAAAGUCUGGAAGAAAUUGUCAUCGAAUGGUGCUUCGCGAUGGAAGAAAUUAUUGAAGGAGAGAGGAAUGCAAGCGCUGAAAACAGCAGCCAUGCUGCCAAAGUGAUCCUUCCGAAAUUGCAAAGGUUGAAAUUGAAGGAGUUGCCAAGACUGAAAAGCAUAUACAAAGGGGACAUUGAAUGCAAUUCUCUACGCACUAUUGAAGUUGUGGGCUGCAUUGCUCUGAUGAAGUUGCCUCUGGGUUUGUUUGGAGUAGAGGCUGGUCAGCAAAUCUCACCAUCAACCACUCUCCAAGAAAUAAUAUGUGAAAACGAAUGGUGGCAAUCACUGCAGUGGGACCAACCUGAAGCUGAGAAUCUCCUUCGACCACGCUUAGUCGGUUACUAUGACAGUGGUCUGGCGUGGAGGCAUGCAUCCAUGGACAGGUUUGCUCCGAGCAGCAGUAAUACAGUGUGAAGGCAGUAUUCGAGUGGAACUAGCCACGAUAUCUUGAUUUGAUUCCACACGUGUGUUGUUAAUUUACUGUUAAUGUUUUUUUUUUAAUAAAGUUUGAUGAUUGGUAGGAAAACAUUUGGGUGCACUCGUUACUUUUGUUUGAUCUGAAUGAUUUUAAAGCUAUUUUCAAAUGUAUUUUCAUGACUUGUAUUGUUCCACAUAUGCUUUUAUGAAUUAUUUUUGGCUUCUGUGUGUGUGGUAAGUACGAUGUCUGUGAUAAUUUAUCAUUUAGUUACCGAAAAUUAGUAAUUGCAUGGCCAGA